UCUUACGUCAUGACGUAGUUACGUUUAGCAACGGUCAGUUGCUAAAGAGAAAAAACAGCCGCUUCCGUGUUGUUCUUGUGUUAUUCUGGCAAAUAACUCUCGUUAGCAGAGCCGAAGCUCGUCUGACAGCCUGCCGGAGUCCGACUACCAUGGUUUUGUGAAGCUGACACACAGUUUCAGCCUUUUUCGCCCCGAAAUGUCGCUGCUGCAGAGCUCGAAGAAAAAAGACAAGCGUAUUUUGUCCGGUACCUGCCCGGACCCGAAAUGUCAGGCGAGGCUAUUCUUCCCCGCGUACGGCUCCGUUAGCAUCGAGUGCACCGAGUGCGGCCAACGCCACGAACAGAAGAACCUGUUAAAUGUCGAAGAGGUGACUGAUCCGGAUGUUGUGCUCCACAAUCUGCUCAGAAACGCCCUGCUCGGCGUCACCGGGGCCCCGAAGAAAGGCACGGAGCUGGUGAAAGUGAUGGGGCUCUCUAAUUACCACUGCAAGCUGCUGUCCCCGGUCCUCACCAGGUACGGCAUGGACAAACAAACCGGCAAAGCCAAGCUGCUGAGGGACAUGAACCAAGGUGAGAUGUUUGACUGCUCGCUCCUGGGAGACCGGGUGUUCCUCAUCGAGCCGGACCAUGUGUCCACCAUGGGCUACGGCAAGGACCGGUCAGGAAGCCUCAUAUACCUCCACGACACCCUGGAGGAGGUGAAGAAAGCCAACGGCAACAGGGAGUGUCUCAUCCCGGUGCAUGUGGACGGAGACGGGCACUGCCUGGUCCACGCUGUGUCCCGAGCGCUGGUGGGCAGAGAACUGUUCUGGCACGCCUUGAGAGAGAACCUGAAGCAGAACUUCAAGCAGAACCUGGACCGCUACAAGGCUCUCUUUCAGGAUUUUAUUGACGCCGCAGAGUGGGAGGACAUCAUCAAUGAGUGCGACCCGCUCUUCAUCCCGCCUGAAGGCGUGCCGCUCGGGCUGCGCAACAUCCACAUCUUCGGUUUAGCCAACGUCCUCCACCGGCCCAUCAUCCUGCUGGACUCCCUGAGCGGGAUGAGGAGCUCCGGGGAUUACUCGGCCACCUUCCUGCCGGGCCUGGUGCCCGAGGAGCAGUGCAAGGGGAAAGACGGGAAGCUCAACAAGCCCAUCUGCAUCGCCUGGAGCAGCUCGGGGAGGAACCACUACAUCCCUCUGGUGGGAAUCAAGAACACGGUGCUGCCCAAGCUGCCGGCCCGCCUGCUGCCGAAGGCCUGGGGCGUCCCUCAGGAGCUCAUCAGGAAGUACAUCAAGCUGGAGCCGGACGGGAGCUGCGUGAUCGGCGGCGACCGCAGCUUGCAGGAUAAGUAUCUGAUGCGGCUGGUGAACGCCAUGGAGGAGGUGUUCAUGGAGAAACACAACAUCCACCCGUCGCUGGUGGCCGAUGUGCACCAGUACGUCUACAGGCGGACCGGCGUGAUCGGCAUCCAGCCCGAGGAGGUGACAGAGGCGGCUAAGAAGUCGGUGAUGGAGAACCGGCUGCACCGCUGCCUCAUCUGCGGCGCCCUCUCGGAGCUCCACGUCCCGCCGGAGUGGCUGGUUCCUGGCGGGAAGCUCUACAACUUGGCCAAAUCCACUCACGGCCAACUGCGGCCGGACAAGAACUACAGCUUCCCCCUCAACAACGUGGUCUGCUCGUACGACCCGCAGAGAGACGUCCUCGUCCCGGAUUAUAAACUGAGCUCCCUCAACACCUGCAACUGGUGUCACGGGACGUCAAUGCGCCACAUCCACGGCAACGGGUCGGUGGUGUACCUGGACGGGGACAGAACCAACACCCGCUCGCAGGGCGGAAAGUGCGGGUGUGGCUUCAAGCAUUUCUGGGAGGGGAAGGAGUACGACAACCUCCCCGAGGCCUUCCCCAUCACGCUGGAGUGGGGGGGUCGGGUGGUGAGAGAGACCGUGUACUGGUUCCAGUACGAGACCGACCCGGCAUUGAACAGCAACGUGUACGACGUGGCCAUGAAGCUGGUCACCAAGCACUUCCCGGGGGAGUUUGGCAGCGAGAUCCUGGUGCAGAAGGUAGUCAACACCAUCCUGCACCACACCGCCAAGAAGAACCCGGACGAAUACAACCCGGUGUCCAUCGACGGGGCGCACGUCCAGCGUCUCACCGACACCGUGGAGACGCAGUCGGCGGCGGACCCCCAGCCGCCCACCAAGAUCAUCCUCACGGGUCAGAAAGCAAAGACGCUCCACAAAGAGGAGCUGACGAUGAGCCGAGCGGAGCGCAGCAUCCAGCAGAGCAUCAGCGAGCAGGCCUUCGUCACUCAGAAGCGACGCACCGACAAGCUGAAGCAGGAGCAGAAAGGCCACGGCCGGACGUCUUCGCCCGGCGGAUCACCGGAAACCUCCUCCUCGUCAGCCCCGGCCACGCCCACCAAAUCCUCCUCUCCAUCCUCGUCCAAUAAGGAGAAGAAGAUCCGUGUGACCACGAGCGACGGCAGGCAGGCCAUGCUGACCCUGCAGGCUGACACCACCUUCUCAGAGCUGCAGAGGAGCAUCGCCAACCAGUUCGGCGUACCGCCGGCGCAGCAGUGCAUCCGCUACGGCUUCCCGCCCAAAGAGCUGCUCCCGCCGAAGGACGGGGAGGAGAACGAGCCGGCAGCGCUGCAGCACGGCGACAGGGUGACGGUGGAGAUACUGAGGGGCCCCGAGGACAAGAGCCCUGCCACCGCCUCCAUCCCCCGGGCCUCCAGCUCGCACUCUGCCCUGCACUCGGCAAAGAGCGAGGACACCGUGACGUCCGGCAGGGUGAGCAGCCGGGAACUCCAGGACAGCAUCGACCUUGAGAUGUCCUCCCUCUGUCUCCUAGCAACGUUGAUGGGUGAGGAUGUUUGGUCGUACGCAAAGAAGCUGCCGCACUUGUUCCAGCAGGGCGGCGUCUUCUACAACAUUGUGAAGAAAGACAUGGGCCUGAUGGACGGGAAACACUGCACGCUGCCUCACCUGACGGGGAAAACGUUUGUUUAUAACGCAGCAGAGGAGCGUCUGGAGCUCUGCGUGGACGCUGCCGGUCACUUCCCUGUCGGCCCUGACGUGGAGGAGCUGGUGAAGGAGGCUCUGGUCCAGCUGCGCUCGGAGGCGGCCACCAGGGGCAGCAGAGAGGGGAGUCCGUCCCAUGGCGUCCUGCGGCUGGGCAGCGGCGGCGUCGUCCGUAAGAAGGAGCAGCUGCAGAACGUCACCGCCUUCCAGGGGAAAGGACACUCCCUGGGCAGCGCCGGGGGCUCCUCCCCUCCAGAACACCGACCUAUCACACGCCAGCACAGCAGCGGUGUGGACCUGAGCGCCAGCGUGUCCCGAGGCCCGCCAGACCUAUCGGACAUCCCCGAGGACGCCACCAGGGAGCUGGUCCGCAUGGCUCCGGGCUUCGUCACCAUGAAGGACGGUCGUGGUCUGGACCCCAGCCUGAUGGAGCAGCAGCGAAGGAAGCUGCAGGAGAUGGUCUCCUCCAUCCAGGCCUCCAUGGAGCGCCACCUCAAGGAGCAGCAGAGCGCCGCUGCUGCAGGGGGCGGGGCCGACCAGGAGCGGACAGGCGGGACUAAGUCGGGCGCGGGCCAACCAACGUCCACCGUCGACCACGAACCUCCAGCUGCAGCAGGCGCAGCAGCAGCAGCGGUCGGCAAACCAGACGGGAAGGCGGAGGAACUGGAGGAGAUGGAGAGUCAGGACGCCGAGCAGAGCAACGCCAUCGAACCCAUGGAUCACUCCUGAUCACUCCUGGCCCCUCAGUGCCCCCCCCGCCCGCCUCGCCUCGCCGGCACCUCUGGGUCAUAACGCCUCAGGUCGGAUCCUAAAGCUUUGGUCUUCAUCGUGUUUCGUUGUCUUUACUGCAUGACUAAAGAGCGAGCCGACCGUCCUCGCAUCGCUGCAGACUCGGGGUGGGACGACGAGCCGUAAGGCGAUAUAUUGUGACACGCUCUCUGCGAUACAUCAUCCAUACUCUGGCACCGAUAUCACAGCGGUGUUACCGUGUGUUUAAACUCUAUGCACUUUGGGACUUUCUCAUCUCAGCUGUCCACUUCACAAUGCAGUAAGUAAUAAACACCUGAUUGAUUCCUGCUUUUUGAGAGAAAUUAUUUUGCCUCUUUUAGGAUACGUUUUUCUCCUCCGUUGAUGAUGUAUCGUACACGACCGUCUUGCAAUACAUCGCGGAGUGCUGACAGGGUUUGUAUCUUUAAGCCCUGCGAGUCCCACCUGCAGACGUCUAACCCUCUCGCUGUAAACGCACUGAUGUCCGCGGGCGAUAAACCCCCCCACCAGCUCGGGUUCACGUGCGAGACGCAUUCCUGUAGAUAGAAGAAUCCUCUGAGUCUUAAUCCACCACCAGGAGGAGAGCUGCUGGUCGCCAGCAGCUUCAACCCGCCAACAUGCUUCCAUCAAAGUGCACGCUCCGAGUGCACCAGCCUCUGUACGCAUCAGCGCCUUCAUCGCCACAAUCUGCCCGUCCGUCCGCCUGUCUGAGGACGGGGAGAACACUGCGUUUGCUUGACUGCAGCCCCCCCCAACCCAACAGUCACCACUUACAUUUAAUGCUCUUGUUUUCUGAAAUGCUGAUGUGAAGCACCUGAAUCGAGCUCCAGAGCCCCGAACAGCUACCGCCUGCAGGUAGAGAGUGUUUGCGUUCGAGGUUUAAGCCUCAACAUUAUUAACCUCUAAUAGAACAUCACGUAUCUGUCGGCUAUUUGAGGUUUACACAACUCCUUUAUAACCACAUUUAAAUUUCCUUAUGAAAAAUAUUUGAUAAUGACAACUAAAGCAAUAUUAAACCUUGAGAAGAUUAUUAAUUGAGCUCUGCGUGGUGGACAGAAAUAAUUACUGUAGUUUGAUAUGGAAGCAAAUUAAAGACAUAAGCACUUAAUAUUGAUAUUUAAACACUCCUGAAUUCAUACUUUGAAAACCAUCUAUAUUAAUUGAUUUGUUCUGAAUUCUCCUCUUUGAAAUUUUCUGAAUUUCAAGAAGAAAAAAAAGUCUCAGAUUCGAUUGUUCAAAAUUAGAUAGAAAAAUUAAAUUUCGAUGAGUCCAACUGAAACUCCGCUAUGUCCAGUUUGUUUCACAACAGGUUUCAGUUCAACAGGUUUCUAGGUCAUAUGACCGACAGACAGAGCUCUGAUUGGCCCGAUUGCUUCUCCUGUUUUUGACUUUUUGGAUCUUAAUUUGUGAACACUGAAAAAUAAAUAUUUAAAUUGAGCUUUUGAAGAUUUGUGAUGAAUUCAGAACAAUGUAAAAUAUUUCAGUGCUACAAAUUCAGUGGUUGUUAAAAUGUCAGUACUUAUAUCUAUAUUCGCUUCCAUAGUUGAUUAAGUUCUGUCUUUUAUUCUGAAGAUCUGAAGUAUAGCUUUAGUGGGAUUAAAGGCCUUUACAUGUCAGAGGAAAGAAAGUGUUGAACUAAACUCACAUUUAGAGGGAAAUAAAUCAAAUGUUCAUUUAUAAAAAUGUUCAGACGUGUUUUACACUGUCUGUAACACUCAUUACCUGCAGAUGGCACAAUGUUAAAGCUCUUCUACAGCCUCUGAUCCACCUGGGUUUCUUUCCAUCAGAAAACCUGAAACACCACAAAAAAAACAUAAAAUGUACUGAAAUGGACGUUUGAAUUUAAACAGUUGAACAAAAUAAAAUAAUCUUUCCCAGAGGAGCACUUUUAAAGGAGCGGUGGAGCUGUAGAGGUUGAAUACCUACAGAAGUUUCUCUUCAGAUUGAUGUUAUACUUUGGAGAGAAACCUCCAGGUUGUUGGGGGAUAUUUUUGGGAAACAUGAGAACUUUUAGAAACUGGAAGAAAACUUUUUUUUUUUUUUUUUUUUGGAAGCAAUGAAAGCUGAAGGUAUAAAAGUGACUCCAGCUGUGAGUAAACAGCUCCCCCUUGUGGAGGAUCUCUUAAAGUGAAUUUGUGAGUGAGUUACAGGGCGGUUGAAUGAGGUGCUUCACAUCUAAAAACCAAAAAAAAUAAAAACACACACAUUAGUGGAUCACGUUACUAAAAAGAGUUUCUUUACUCAAGGAAAACUCAUCAUUUAUUUUCCUUUUUUUUUUUCCAAAGUGAUGUUUACUGUAAAUGUUUGUUGCUAAAAGCAGUUAAAGUUGGCCAGUGGAAAGAAAGAGUGAGAGAGUGAGUGAUGAUUGAGUGAUUGCUCUGUUGAAAACGGCUGAAAGCUUCAUGAGGUUUAUUUUUAUUUUUGUGUAAUGUGAUCUUUUACCGUCAUUGGUUGAAACCUCCAAUUUAAAAGCAGAAUGUGGCCAAAGAUGAACCAGGUUCACUGAAACACUAUGUGGAGCUGAUAUUUGGUAAAUAAGCUGCUGUCCUAUGCAAAAGAAAAUCUCACUGAACUUCCAAAAAGAAAACAACAACCCAAAAACCUAAAUCUAUAAAUAUAUGGACGAGGAUUAGGGCCACAUGUGGAAAAAUAUAGUUUGAAGUUUAAAAGUAGUCUGAAUUCUGAAUUCUGACUUUGAUAAAAGUUUUGUGAGUUCAGAAAGUGUUUCCCACAUAAAGACUCUCGGCGACUGUUCUCCCAGCAUCCUUUGUGGCUUGUGUCGUUACAGCGAGCCCUUUUUAGCUUUCGAUCGAGUUUUAUUUGAACCACAGAGGCUUCAGGAACUGUAAAAGGAACAGUUCGGCAUUUUGGAAAAUAUGCUUAUUCUCCUUCUAGCUGAGGGUUCAAUACUCUCAGGUUAGCUUAGCUUAGCAUAGCGGCCAGAAGACUGGAAACAGAUGGACACAGCUAGCCUGGCUCUUACACUUGUUUUUGUUUGUUAGUGCUGAUCCUAAUAUUUUAUGCUAAGCUAAGUUAACCAGCUGCUAGCAGCCGCCUCAUAUUUGUGGUAUCAAUCACAAUUAUUUCCCAAAAUGUUGAACUCCUCCUUUAAAAUGGUUAAAGGUCAGUUUACACUUUUGUUGCCAUCAAACAGUUUUUCCACACCUGUUGGAGGAACUGAUCGUCAGGCCUUAAAAUCUGCUCAUUUUGUAACAUUAAUUUGUUUGAUAUUGAGGUUCUUUAUUGUUUUACUUUGAACUGUGUUCCUUUUACCUCAAACUCCAUUUGAACUUUAAAUGACCUUAAAAAUCUCUACGUUCACACUGCAGACACAAGUGGCCCAAAUCUGAUUUAUUUUUUAUUUUUUCCUCUUUUUUUGUGACUCAGAUCUGAUUUUCAGUGUAAACAACACAAAUCACAUUGAAUCGGAUCUUUUCCAGUUUCCAAUUUGAGACUCCUUCAUUCAUGAGACUACAGAGCAGCGUUUCUCAAACCACGUUCAACCUCAGGAAGUAUUACCACCGUUAUGACCGAGGUUAAAAUACAGCAGCGUAGGUCGACUUUAAUCACACAGGAGGCAGAUUUAUUCAGCACAAGAUUAUUUAUUGUUGACUGUUGUUAAAUCCUGAAUGGAACCGGUUCAAGAACCAGAGCUAAUUUGGUGUAAAAUGGGUCCUCCUGUCCUGUUUGGAGCCACGUAAGUGUUUCUGAAGCACUAAUCUGACCUCCGCCCUGUAUCUAAAUAUCACAUUUUAGCUCCUGACUAAUCAUGGACAUAUGCGUGUGCUACAUAGCAGACUGAUAUUGAAUCUAAAUAUUAAACUAAAUGCAAAACUUAUAUGAAAUGUUGGAGAGCUUUGAUAGUACCGUGUUUUUUUAAUUAUUUUAUUACAUUUUAUAAAAAUAUUUCAGAAAUUCCUCCAUGUACGACUAGUACCAUAGUUUGAGAACCACUGCUCUAGAGUCACUCAGCUGCGGUGGAUGUUAUCCUCCUCAUCAUUAUCUGGCUUCCACUGCACAUCAACUUAUAAAUGAAACUGUACACGUUGCCUUCAGUGGCCUCCAUGUUUACUCCCGUAUGACGACAUUCUGCCUUUGACGUCUUAAAGGUCGAUCAUCGCUACAGACGCCAGCAAAAUCUUUGUUUUCCUCUGCUACGGCGCGCCUGGCGUUCACUCGUCUCACGUCACGUUUUUCUAGCAGUUUUUAGACGCGUAUAAAAGUUCAAAUACUCUGAACUUUUCAGCUCGUGGAGUCGAACCGUCACACAAUCAAAUCAAGCACGAGGCGGGCUUUAUUACUUUACUACUUCCUGUUUUGAUGAUGUUUGCUACGCUGGCAAAGUCACGACCCGCCCUCUUCUUCCUCUGAUUGGCUAGUUUUGUUGCCUUCAUUGAUUUGAUUGGUUAGGUUUAGGCAUGAAGAGAGAGAUUGGUCAACAAAUAUUGCUGCUGGUAAACAGGUUAGCUAGAGAGCUACGGAGCAGAGGUGUAGUGGGGAUAAAGCAAACUCAGUUAUCACUUUUUAGAGUUUACUCAUCAUUUUUCCGUAAUUAUAGUUCAGGACACGAUAUCAAGAAUCUGAUAUUGUCCACAUUUCCGAUCUGAGCAACCAAUCAGAGUUGAGCGCUAGAGCUCGCGGUGUGAACGUAGCUUUCCUUUUGACUUUUGUGUUUUUUUUGGCGAAAACAAAUCUCAGUCUCAAAAUGUGAAUCACAGUGUCUUUGUUUUUUUCCGGUUGUCUGAGGUUUAUUUUGCCGUUGAGGUGAACAAAUUAAAGAUUCAGCACUUUGUUGGAGGGAAAAGAGGGAAUGUUAGCGUAGCAUGCUCAUAUUAGCUUCACGUGAAUCAUCAUCAGUGAGUCGUUCGGUCACUCGGACGAAUCAAAACACUGCUGUAACGGACUUGAAGUUUUUCUUUGUGACUGCUGUACUAAUGACAUGAAUUGUAAUCCAGUUGUAUAAUAGUAUAUAUUGUAGUAUAUUUGGACCUGUACAGAAACUACAGAAACACAGAUUGUUCAGUUCCUUCAGUUUUUUUUUGUUAACUUCUCUCUGGUUUGCUAAUAAAAUAUUGAUGAUACACGGCUUCGACAUCGCUGUUUGCAUGUGUGACGAAUUUUCAACCGCAACAAUAAAAUCACUUCCUUCA